AUGCCUCGACAACUGCAACGACUUCGACCACAACGACGGCAACAACAACAACAUCAACAACGACAACGACAACAACGACCACAACAACGACCACAAGCACAACGACAACGACAUCGACAACAACAUCAACAACUACGACAACAACAACAACAACAACGACAACGACAACAACGACCACAACAACGACCACAAGCACAACGACGACGACAUCGACAACAACAUCAACAACCACGACAACAACAACAACAACAACGACAACGACAGCAACGACCACAACAACGACCACAAGCACAACGGCAACCACAACAACAACAACGACAGAAACAACGACAACAACGACGACAGAGACAACAACAACAACGACUACUACAACAACUACUACGGCAACCACUACAACAACAACCACGCACAACGUCGACGACAGAAACAACGACAACAACAACCACAACAACGUCAACAACAACAACUUCAACUACAACAACAACGACUACGGGUACAACGUCGACAACAGUAACAACGACAACAACAACCACAACAACGUCAAAAACAACAACUACAACUACAACAACAACGACUACAACAACAACGACAACGACAAUCACAACAACAACAACGACUACGACGACAACAACAACAACAACUACAAAAACGACAACAACAACAACAACAACCACAAGCACGACGACGACGACAACAACAACAAAAACAACGACAACCACAACAACUACUACAUGUACCCUCAUGUCAUUAUUUUCAUCGACUACGUGGGUUCAAUAUACAUUUAGCUAUGCAGCAACGAAAACAGAUCCUGUCCUUCAAUUUACAUUCAAUAAUGGUGGAACAAGUACUUAUCUAGAUGAAGUAUCAGUUGUCGACUCUAUCACCAAUUCAACUCAAUUACUUCUUAAUCCAAGUUUUGAAAAUUCAGCAUCAGUACCACCUUCUGAUUGGGUUACUUGGUCUUUGCUGUCAAGAGUUAUGUUAUCAUGUAACAACAAUAAGUUUCUAUGGUCCACACAAGGUUAUGGUUCAUAUGUAUAUAAUGAAAUACAAUUUUAUUAUGGACAUAUUGAAAUUCAUCAUUCACUUUCAUAUCACAUUGUUCAAGGAAGUUAUUUUGCAUUAUAUCAAGACUAUGCAUCUAAUAAUCGACCAACAAAUUAUAUAUUAAAUAAUAGCAUAGAAAAUAUCAAUAAAUAA